GCAAGUUCGGCGCUGGCACUCUGGGCGCAAACCUGUACUCAUUACCUUCGCUAAUAGGAAGCCACUAACGAGCUAUAUGCUGGUCCUUGCACAUGAAUGCCAAGAAAACCGGCAUUUUUUGCCUAUGCCAUACGCGUAGCAGAAAAACUAUGCCAAGAAUGCGAAAGAGGGCUGAAACGUUUUAUGAGGACUGGUUUUUCGGAUCUCCCUCUCCCUGCAAAACCAGAUGUCUUUCAGCUCCUCGGUGUCUAACGUUACAGAGCUCUGUAUGAAUUUCUGCACAUGAGCCGGAAUAGCCGUUGAGAUACGAUUUAAUACUCCAGACCCUAAGCCUGCCCUGCGGGGACAGUGACAGCCGGUGUCCCCCAGAGCUCCCCGUCUGCUCCCAGUAAGAUACUCUCCCUCCCUGCCCUCCUGGGGCACACAGGAUCACUGGCACGGCACACCACGGUGCGCGUCGCGUGGGGCAAACCCACCCACAGCUCCUGAACGGGGAGAAAAGGGGAUUUGGUAACUGGGGGAAAAAGGUGCUGAGCCUGAGAGUCCGUUUCGGCUGGGGAUAAAGAGGAAUAGCCUGCGAGGUGGUCACAGAGAAGAUGGAGCCAGGUUCCUGCCGGGGUGGGAGGGCAGGAGCUGGGACAUGAGAGGUUCGGAGCCGGUGAAAGGAGAAAUAUUUUCCCCAGGAGGACGGCCCGAGCAGGCUGCCUGGGGAGGUUGCGCCGGCUCCAUCCUCGGAGGUUGGCAGGAUAAAGCCCUGACCACGCCGGUGUGACUCCGCUUUGGGCAGGACAGGAGCCUGCGGCCCGAAUCUCCCCACCGUGCCCGGGAGGGGACUCGCCUGGGCCCUGGUGGGACACUUUCGCGGGGUGUCUACGCCCUCCCAGCCCCAUCAUUUCCCCCCACCUCAGCGCCCAGACGGUCCCUUCCAGCCCCGGGGCGAUCCCGGGGUCGGGGUCGGCAGCUCCCGGGGCUCCCGGUUCCCAGCCCCGGCGUGGCGGGGGGGGUGGCGGGGAGGUUGGCCAGGGGACCCCGCCCGGCUCCGCCCCGGGACCCGCGUCCAGGCGCCGGGACCGCUCCCCCCCGCCGUCGCCCCGGGAGGGAGGAAGGAAGGAAGGAAGGAGGGAGGGAAGAGGGGAGGGAAGGAGGGGAAGAAGGGAGGGAGGAUGACAGCGCCGUGAAGAAAAGCAGGGGGGACCCGCAGCCUUCCCUCCUCCCGCACGGCAGGACCAGGCGAGCUCGCCCCGCGGAGCGGCCGCCCCCCGGGCAGGGCUGCCCCGGGGCAGAGGAUGCCGGGGGGCUAGCCCGGGACACCUCCCCGGUGGGUGGGAGGGACGCGUGUGUCCCCCCCCGCCAUGGAGAUCCGACGCGCUUUGCCCCAGGAUUUCCGGGAGCUGCUGCACUGCCUGAAGAUGAGGAGCAAGUACGCCGUGCUGCUGGUCUUCGUCGUCGGCCUCGUCAUCAUCGAGAAGGAGAACAACUUCAUCUCCAGGGUGUCGGACAAGCUGAAGCAGUCCCCGCAGGCGCUGGCAGAAGCCAACGGCACGGAGGCCAGCCCGGCGCCGGCCGAGAACGGCUCGCUGGCCUCGCUGCGAGAGCUGGAUGCCGCCUUCUCCCAGCUGAGGUCCCGCCUGCGCAACGUCACCCUGCAGCUGGAGGGUGACGGGGACCCCGGGCCGCGGCGGCACGUCCUGCUGAUGGCCACCACCCGCACCGGCUCCUCCUUCGUGGGGGAGUUCUUCAACCAGCAAGGCAGCGUCUUCUACCUCUUCGAGCCCCUCUGGCACAUCGAGAGGACGGUGACCUUCGAGCCGGGGGGAGCCAAUGCGGUGGGCUCGGCCCUGGUCUACCGGGACGUCCUCAAACAGCUCCUCCUCUGCGACCUCUACAUCUUGGAGAGCUUCAUCUUGCCGGCGCCCGAGGGCCACUUGACGCCCUUCAUGUUUCGGCGGGGCUCGAGCCGCUCGCUCUGCGAGGAGCCCGUCUGCACGCCCAGCGCUAAGAAGGUUUUCGAGAAGUACCACUGCAAGAACCGCCGCUGCGGCCCCCUCAACAUCACCCUGGCCGCCGAGGCGUGCCGGCGCAAGCAGCACGUGGCCCUGAAGACCGUGCGCAUCCGGCAGCUGGAGUUCCUGCAGCCGCUGGUGGAGGACCCCCGGCUGGACGUGCGCAUCAUCCAGCUGGUCCGGGACCCCCGAGCCGUCCUGGCCUCCCGCAUGGUGGCUUUCUCCGGCAAGUACGAGACCUGGAAGAAGUGGGCAGCCGAAGGGGAGGCUCCCCUCCACGAGGAGGAGGUGCAGAGGCUGCGGGGCAACUGCGAGAGCAUCCGUCUGUCGGCUGAGCUGGGGCUGCGGCGGCCGGGCUGGCUGCGGGGCCGCUACAUGCUGGUACGCUACGAGGACGUGGCGCGGGCGCCCUUGCAGAAGGCGGAGGAGAUGUACCGCUUCGCCGGGCUCCCCCUCACCCACCAAGUGGAGGAGUGGAUCGGCAAAAACACCCAGGCCCCCCGCGACGGCAGCGGCGUCUACUCCACCCGCAAAAACUCUUCCGAGCAGUUCGAGAAGUGGCGGUUCAGCAUCCCCUUCAAGCUGGCGCAGGUGGUGCAGGACGCCUGCGCCCCGGCCAUGCGCCUCUUCGGCUACAAGCUGGCCAGCAGCCCCGCCGCGCUGGCCAACCGCUCCUUCAGCCUGCUGGAGGAGGCACAGCCCUCCUGGGUCACGUAACGGCGGCGGGGGGGGGGGGGGGCGGAGGGGGGGGGACGAUGAGGGGGCUGAGGCCGUGCUCCCGGCCGGCCCGGGGGAGACCCGGGGGUCGCUGACUCCUGGAGAUGCUCUUCACUGCUGCCGCGGCAGCCCCGGCAGCUGGAGCGUCCUGGCAGAGCCGACCCCCAGGGUCCUGCAGAGCCUGAAUUACGCAAUUCCUCCCCGCAACGGGGGAAAUCCCAAAGGUGAGGGGAAGUGGAAAAAAGCUGGCGGGUCGGCGCCAGGGACACCUCUCCCCCCCCCCCCCGGUUUGGGGGCUGCGCCGAGGAGGAGGAGGGUGAGGGCGAGCAGAGGGUGACAGGAUCAGGCACCUUCGCGUUGCCACCCCACCUGGCUAGGACGAGGCAAGCACAAGACCCCCGUGGUGCCAGCAAGGACCCAGACCCCAGAGGCCUUACUGGUUUAGUGCCUUCACACACCAGCAUGGACUGGGAACUGCCUCAGAGGCGUGCCGGGGCGGGAGUCUCCCGCAGAGCCCCGGCCAGCACUCGGGCUGCAACGAAACGAGGUGACUUUGUGGUUUUGGUGCUCUUCAAAGUUGGUUUGGGGGGGGGUGGGGUGGGGAGGGGUGUUGUUUUUUUUUUUUUCCUUUUUUUCCUGCGUGUUUGCAUACCAGGGGCGCCAGGGGAUUUUAUUUAUUUAUUACGUGAAAAAGAAGGGGGAGGCAGGUCAAGGAGCUAAGCCCAAAAAAUCAGAGCAGCACAACACAGCGCAGAGAAACAGAGAGACACCCCCAGAGCCGAGGUGGCGGGGGUCAGAUUUCGGCCGGCGACCACCACGUGCCCUGCCACACCAUCCCGGGAGAGCCCCCGGGGACCGAUGGGCUGUAACACCCCCCCACACCCCCCCCAAACCCCCGGUGGGGCACGGCCGGGGCCGGGGCUGCACCCACCCUGCGCCGUGGGAGCGACCACGAACCUCGGCGCCUGCUGGAAGAUGGUCAGACUUAUUUAAUUAAAAGCAAAAAUACAACAGCACGGAGUCCAAAGCAUCUCCCGUCGCCUUGGUGUUCGCGUCCUGUCUCCUCGGUAUUCCGGGGCUCCCCCCCAGAGCCCCAAAUACUUGCCCGCAGCACCCGGGGGGGUGAGCGAUACCUGGGGAGUUUCAGGGUGUUUGCCACAUGCGGGUGUUCACCCAGCAGUAGCCUGGCACUGAGCUGCCCCUUCCAACUCACAUUUAAUGAAUUAAAACACCUUUUUUUAGCCCGC